AGAAAGAGUGUUUUUAAUGGAAGACAUAAUAGCAGACCCUACCUCUCUGAACGCCUACAUCCGGAAGCAAGUCACUGAGCUUAACACGCCAGAUGCAGAUCUAGAAAUCACUGAGAACAAUAUAACCGAGCUUGUCACAGAGAUCAGCCAAAAACAUGACCUCCUCGCUGAGAAAGUUAAUAAAGAGGAACAAGACAUUAAAGAAUUUUUCUUAGCCAGGAUCAAAGUCAUUAUCGCAGCUUUGAAGAAGCGGGUGCUUACUAAGCCAGCAAACUUAGAAGAGUACUUCAAGAUUUGGCUGGGCAUCCUUCCUUUAGUUUCGAUCGCUCAUUUUACAGAAAAUAAGAAGGCUAAAGACCCUGUAGAAGUCCUUCAGAAUAUGAACUUGGAAUUUAUCAAUAGUCUCUUUGAGACUGUUUUUAAGGAUGAAGAGAUUGAAACCUGGUUCCUGAAGAAUUAUGUAGUAGAGAAUAUUGAUAUUUUAAUCCUAUUCCUAAAGUUCUUAAUGAAAGAGAAAAGAGAGACAAAGCAGGUCGUGCAAAUGCUUAUUGAUCUUCCUAACCCUGAAGGAGUCAAAAAGGCUUUCUUCUUUGAUUAUUCCAACUCUCUCGCAGAAAUGCAGAAGGCCAUGUUUGAAGAGAUGAUGGAAGCAGAAGGAGAAGACGACUCUCUCGAUGAAGAAGAUAUCCAACUUCCUCCUGUAGUUGGAACUCCAGAGGAGGUCAAAGCUCUUCAGGAAUAUUGUAAGACUGCUUUUCAGGAAUUAUGGGAUGAGACUUUACGCUCUCAUGCCAUUGACGCUGAUACUAUCAUUCUGAUCUUGAGAUCAAUGAACACUCAGAUAUUGCCCAAAGUCUCUAAGCCCAUCUUGUUCAGUGAUUUUAUCAUCGGAGCUUAUAAUAUUGUAGAUAAUGUAGUUGGGAAGUUAGACCAUAAGAAGAUAGUUUUGUCAAUCCAUGCUCUCUCAAGUUUGUUCGUCUUACUCACCAAUCACGGGCUGGAUUAUACUUCAAUCAACUUCUAUGAGAAACUUUACAGGCUGUUAGAAUACCUUGAAAAUAUCUUCAGGAUGAAAGAAAAAGAGAAAUUCCUUAGACUCAUGGAACUUUCUAUUAAAAGUCCAAUGCUUCCAGCUUCUAUUGCAGCUAGUUUUAUGAAGAAAUUACUAAGAAUUAUCCUGAACAAGCAUAUGGCUCAGGCCUCAUUGACUAUCUGGGCAAUUUCUUUUGUGUGAAAUGUAAUCAAAAAGCACCCAGUCCUCACAAAGAUGAUCAAUGUUGAAGUCCAAAGAAAGUCUAACAGACUUCAAAGAAUUGAAGAGAGGAAGGAAAGGAAAAGAGAUAGGAAAGCAAGAGUCAAGAUCUCUAAGGAAAAGCAUAACCCUAGCCUCCAGGGAUUCAUUACCAAGGACGUGUUUGAUAUGAAUGAAAAAGAUCCUCAGAAGUCCAGAGCUCUUGAAACUUGUCUGUGGGAAAUCCUUCCCUUCUUCAAUCAUUCCAGUAAGUUGGUAAGGGAUUAUGCCUGAGUGAUCUCAACUGAUUUCCAGCAGAAGAGGUCUCUUCCAAGUGAGGAAUUAGCAAAACUAGAUGAAACUCAGUUGAUCAAAUCUCAAAUUGAUGAAAUAUCAAAAAUUAGGUCUAUAAAGUCUCAAAUGGUGAGACACAUCACUGAUAUAUACUCGGGAUAUGAUGUAGAAGGGGAGAGAAAGUUCCAAGCUUACAAAGAAAAGCACCUCAGAGAGCAGAUAGAGUUAUUCCACUUAGAGAAGUCAUUGCUUACUCGCCAGUUUUAA